GGGUCGUAGUUCAGGUCGGACAGAAUGACGUCAUAGGUGCGCUCUGCUCUGUGUUUGGUCCUCUGAUGCAGAGUUCCAGUGCCGUGACAGAAAGAAGACAGGCUGCAUCUCCAACUGGGAUUCGGACCCGCACCGUCCGUUCACCUUCGACUCCACCGAAUGUUCCGAGCGGACUUGAACGCAGCACGGGAUUUGACAUCUGAAGAAGCAAACAUGGCGGCUGCUACGUAGACGCUACCGCCGCCUCCGAUAGUCGUCAGCGGGGAGAAGUGACAGUUCUCCGGCGGAGACAGUCCGCAGGAGCCGCCGCUCUUUCCCGGGAUGUUCAACGGAAGCCGAGGAGAGAACCGGAGUGACGCGCCGUGUCUGCGGGGCUUCCUCACCUGAGCCGGUAUGUGUCCCAGGAAGACCCAGUCCCAUCUCUGACCUGAGGAUGUCUACCCCAUCAGCAAAUCCCUCCUCGCCGGUGCGCCCCCCCUCAGCCCUGGACUCCCUGUCUGUGACCUCCCUGCUGUCCGGGAACCUAGAGGACGGCGAGGAUGGCGGCGGGGAGGACGGCGAGGGACUAGGAGACCUGGAAGUGAACCCCUACGACGGUCUGCCCUUCUCCUCGCGGUACUACGCCCUUUUGGAGGAGAGGCAGCGGCUUCCUGUGUGGCGGCUCCGGCAGAGUCUGCUGGAGAGCAUGGAGGGCCACAGCAUGGUGCUGCUGAGCGCCGCCGGCGGGGCGGGAAAGAGCACGCAGGUGCCUCAGUGGUGCGUGGAGUUCGCUUUGUCCUUCGAGUUCUCCCACGGUCUGGUCUGCAGCUCGCAGCCCCGCUCAGCCGCCGCCGUCAGCCUGGCUCUGCGUGUGGCCGAUGAGAUGGACCUCAGCCUGGGCCUGGAGGUGGGAUACAGGGUGUCCCAUGAUGACGGCUGCACCCCCGAUACCCUGCUCAGGUUUGUGAGCGACGCUCUGCUGCUGGAGGAGAUGAUGUCAGACCCGCUGCUUCAUCAGUACGGCGUGGUGGUUCUGGACGAGCUCCAGGAGCGCACUGUGCCCACAGACGUGCUGCUGGGCCUGCUCUGCGACGUCUGCCGCCAGCGCCCACACAACUUCCACGUGGUUCUGCUGAGCCACCCCGCCCUGGCCCCGCGCCUGGCGGCCUUCCUCGGGCCCUCCGUCCCUCACCUGACCCUGGACAGUGAGCCCCCUCCCACAGAGGAUGAAGCGCAGGGGAGGGAGGAGACCGUGGAGGUUCUGUAUCGGGAGCUGUCUGCGGGGAAGGAGCCCGUGGCUGCUGCCUGUCACAUGGUGCUGGACCUCCACCGCAGAGAAGAAGACGGAGACGUGUUGGUGUUUGUGUCCGGCGCACAGGAAAUUGAGGAGUGUGUUUCUCUGCUGGAGAAGGAGAGCGUGGCUCUGAGCCCGCAGCUCGGACCGCUCCGGAUCCUCCCCCUGCACUCUGGACUAGGCGGGCUGAUCCAGCGGGUCUACGAACCGGACCCCAAUGCAUCUGCGCCAAAGGCGAGCGACGGUUCUGUGGGCGAGGAGGCCGGACACCCGGGAAUCAGGAGGAGGGUGAUCCUCACGGACACCCUGGCGGAGGCCUCCUUCUCACUGCAGGACAUCCGUUAUGUGGUGGACACGGGCCUGCAGCUCAAAACCGUCUACAACCCUCAGAUCCGUGCAAACUCCCAGGUCCUGACGACCAUCAGCAAACACCAGGCCGAUAUGAGAGCUCAGAGGGUCAGCAGCCGGCUCCCAGGCCUGUGUGUCCGCCUGUACCCACGCGCCCUGUACGAGGGGGGCAUGCAGGAGGCUCACCGCCCCCGGGUUCUGGAGGAGGACCUGAGUCACCUGGUUCUGCUGCUCAAGAGGCUCGACAUCGCCGACAUGGGGCAGUGCAAGUUUCUGGACCGCCCAGCCCCUGAGGCUCUGAUGCAGGCCUUGGAGGACCUGGAUUAUCUUGCAGCUCUGGAUGACGAUGGGAACCUGUCAGAGGUGGGCAUCAUUAUGUCCGAGCUGCCGCUGGAGCCCCCGCUGGCCAAAGCCCUGAUCGCCGCCUGCGAGUACGACUGUGUGGACGAGCUGCUGACGAUCGGCGCCAUGUUGACGGCCCCGUCCUGCUUUGUGGCGCCCGAACCUGGCGGGGAGGAGGCCGCCGUCGCGCUUUGGCGCCCCCUCCUGCACGCAGAGGGAGAUCACAUGACCCUCGUCAAUAUUUACAACGCCUUCAUGGAGCAUAACCAGGACGAAGCCUGGUGCUCGGCCAACGCCCUGAGUCACGGCGCCCUGCGGCUCGCCGUCGCCAUCCGGGCCGAGCUGUUGGAGGUCAUGCAGCGAAUAGAGCUCCCCGUGUCGCCCCCCGCCUUCGGAUGCCAGGACAACUGCACCAACAUCAAGCGCGCGCUGAUCUCAGGCUUCUUCCUGAAAGUGGCUCACGACGUGGACGGCUCCGGCAACUACCUCCUCCUCACUCACCGCCACGUGGCCCACCUCCACCCGUUCUCCUCCUACCUGUCUCUCCAGCCGUGCCCGGCCCCCCCCAGCUGGGUCCUGUACCAUGAGUUCACCGUCUCGAGCGAUAACUGCAUCCGCAUCGCCUCGGAGGUCCACCCGCAGAUGCUGGUGGAGCUGGCCCCCCAGUACUUCCUGGGCAACCUGCCCCCCAGCGAUGGCAGGGAGCUGCUGAUGGAGCUGAGGCAGAAGGUGGAGCCUCCUUCAGGCGAUCUGGCGCUCGGGGGGGAGCAGAACCCGAGCCUCGGGGAAGCGGACGGUGCCGAAGACGCCCGCAGUAAAACCAACACCGAGCUCUGCGUCGUCCAAUGAGACGUAGGAGGAGGCGGGGCUUCUCAGGACUCACACUCGUCACUUUAUUGUUUGAUCCCGAGGACGCUGUGACAGAAAUGCUGGAAGAUUUUAAACUUUUCUAUUUAAUGUUUACAUUCGUCUGUUCUUUCUAUGGCGUUUUUGCUUUGUUCAAAUUGUCAGAGAUGAAGGUUUCAACAAACUGCGGAUGACCUUUAACCUGUGAGCUUCCAUGUUUCUCCUGCCGAGGCCCAGGACUACGUGCACGAGUGUGCACGCACCACCAGCAGACCUUGUUCUGGACUCGUGUUUUAUCCUUAUUGCAAUCAGAAAUAUGUCAAACUUUACUGAGACAGAAUCUAACUCAAUACAAAUUGAAUUUUUAUUGUAAAAAGCAAAAAAAAAUUUCGCUGAAUAAUAUUUGAAAAUGGAUUAUAUUUGUUGCUCAGAAGCGCCGAGCUGCUUUUGUCCCGUUCUAACGUCAGCCUGCAGGUCUGCAUUCGCCGGACUGAAGAAAAACUGACGCACUUGGUUUUCCUUAAACAGGAAGUGUCUUCAUAGAAAAGACAGCAAAAAUAAUCUAGAUUUUCAGAAUAAAAUGCCUCAGUUCUGCUGAAUGAUUGGUUCAGAGACGAGGAAGAGCAUUGGUUCUGUCAAAAGCGGGCCUGAUGUGUCCCACUUUGAAAUCUCUGUCAUACACCCCCCGCCCCCCCAAUGACUUUAAAUAAAUCUUUUUCAUGUUUCACA